AUGCAACAGAGUAGCGAGGUAGACUGGGUGCCGGAAGGCCCCCUUGGUGUUGGACCGCCUGCUGGAACUUCUCAAGUCGCGGGUGAAUUCAUCCUGAUCAAGGAGGACCAAUUAAACCCCAUUCUAGAUUCCGUAUCCAAUGAUACUCUGGGUAUAUCAGAACCUCCCAAUAUGGCAACGAGCGCUCUGAAUUCCAUCGAUUUGGAUGAUAUAAUCUCUCGGCUCCUAGAUAUGGGGUAUUCGACCAAAGUCGCCCAAACAGUGUGUCUUAAUGAUGCCGAGAUCACCACCAUCUGCGGUCUAGCUCAAGAGCUCCUCCUUUCUGAGCCAGUGCUCUUAGAGCUUCCCGCACCCUUUAAGAUUGUCGGUGAUAUUCACGGUCAAUAUACCGAUCUGAUCCGAGUCCUUGAAACGUGCGGAUUUCCGCCGGAAUCGCACUAUCUUUUCCUCGGUAACUAUGUAGACCGAGGAAAGCAGAGCCUAGAAACUAUUCUCCUACUAUUAUGCUAUAAGCUCAAGUACCCGGAGAAGAUCUUCCUUCUUCGCGGCAGCCACGAAUGCGCUAGCGUUACUAGAAUGGGCGGCUUCUAUGACGAGUGUAAGUGGCGCUGCAGUGCUAAGAUGUGGAAACUUUUGAUUGGAACUUUCAAUUGCCUCCCAAUCGCGGCGAUUGUAGCCGACAAUAUCUUCUGCGUUCAUGGCGGGCUGUCUCCUGAUCUGUUACAUGUGGACAAUAUUCGCGGAAUCGCUCGUCCUACUGAUAUACCCGAUCAUGGGCUUCUGACCGAUCUCUUAUGGAGUGACCCGACAGAUGUGAACAUGCAGGAAGACUGGGUGCCCAAUGAACGCGGUGUGAGCUUUUGCUUUAGUAAAAAGGUCAUUAAGAACUUUUUGGACCGACACGGUUUUGACCUGGUGUGCCGGUCCCAUAUGGUGGUCAAGGAUGGGUAUGAGUUCUCCCAGGACCGGACCUUAGUAACCAUCUUCUCGGUUCCUAAUUAUUGCGGCGAGUUCGACAACUUGGGCGCUAUUAUGUCUAUCUCGAAGGAACUCGCUUAUACUUUCGACUUGAUAAAGCCCUUGGGCUGGGCAGCGUUAAAGAAUUAUAUGAAAGAGGGUCGAAUAAAACGAGGCAGUAUGCUAAACAGAUCUGUAAGUAUUGCGCGUUCUUAUAACGUGUCCAGGAAUCGGGUGCACUUUGCAACUUGGAAUGCUGGGAUCCCCAUCUACCCUUCAGUUACUGACGAAUGA